AUGUCCCGAACAUACAACCACUUCAACGUGACAUCUCCAGAGCCUUACGUAGCUCACGUAGAAAUAAAUCGACCCGAGAGGCUCAAUGCAUUCUACCAAGAGUACCUACUUACAUCCCCACCCCCUUCCAGUGUUCCACCUUAGAGGCUGAAUACCGUAUGAUAUAGUAUGUGGAUAGAAUAUGCCCAAGUAUUCAACACUCUCUCGCACUCCCCAGACGUCCGCUCCAUAGUUCUUUCCGGCGCGGGACCAAGCUUUACUGUCGGCCUGGACAUCCAGAAAACGAACCUCGCCUUCCCAGGUAGCGACGGUGCGCGCAAAGCGUGGGAAAUCAAACGCGGCGUGGCCGAAUUCCAAGAAUGCAUUUCGGCAUCGGAGAAGUGCGAAAAACGUGCCUUGCCCCCCCCCUCCCCCACUCCUUGGAAGCACCCAGGUUAACCCCCGGGCAAAUACCAGCCGUAAUCUGUGUCCUCCACGGCUUCUCCUUCGGCCUCGCCAUCGACAUAGCCUGCACGACGGAUGUCCGCAUCUCAAGCGCAGAUACCAGAUUCUCUGUGAAAGAGGUGGACGUGGGGCUAGCAGCCGACAUCGGCACACUGUCUCGCCUGCCAAAGAUCGUUGGGUCCCUUUCCUGGGUGAAAGACGUCGCUCUCUCUGCACGCAUAUUCUCUGCGGAAGAGGCGCUCCGGGUGGGCUUUGUCAGCGCUGUCGAGAGCGAUAAGGAUGCUGCCGUUAAGAGAGCACUCGAGAUGGCGAGCCUGAUUGCUGGUAAAAGUCCUGUUGCCGUGCAGAGUACCAAGGCGAUUGUAAACUGGAGUGUUGAUCGUACGGUUGCGGAUGGGCUGGCUUACACACAGGCGUGGAAUGCGGCCGCAUUGCAGACGGGGGAUGUUGGCGAGGCGGUCGGGGCUAUGCUGGGGAAAAGGAAGGCGAGGUUUGAGAAGUUGUAGAUUGGGAUGUGUGCAUAUAUGGGGGGUUGGAUAGAGGUAGAGUGGUUUGAUGGGGAGAGGAAUAGGUCGUGAUCCUGUGUAUUCCACUAGACUAGUAAACCACGAUAUUGGAUCCUCCAAUAGAGUAUCCGGACCACCCUGUUCAUACCAGGUUCAACAACCUGCGAAUCCGGAAAUACACUUCUCAUCCUAAGAUAUGAUAUCUCAGAACACUACCUGAGCACACUUGCCCAUAGUCACCACCCCUCACUCUGUCUUUCUUUCAUAUCCAGACGUCGCCGGAUGCUCAGACCCCUUCACCGUCCCAUAACUUGUAAGUAAUGUCACAACUUUUCUGUAUCCUCUAUCCCUUCCCCGCAUCCAAAAGUCCGGUCGCAUUGGCAGCGCCAUGACACUUCUCACCCAACCGCAAUUGCUUCCGUUGAAUCUUCGAACAAGGUUUCGUGAUUCCAGGGUUGUUCCGGAACCGGUUAGGUGUC